AGCGGUGCCAGCCUCCCUACCUUACCAGGCCAUCUCAGCCUUGGGACCCUGCUAGGCAGUACCACCGAAGAGGGACAGAUCAAAAGGGAUGGCCAGGUAUGACCAGGACGGAAGAAUAUCCCACAUUCUGCACCACUGGCAAUUUCUCUGGACAUAGGAGUUACUCUCAAAGGUCUCUUUUAGGGAAACACAAGCGUACGCAUCCCCUGACAUCCGCUGGUGGUGACACACGUCUGUCUGCGUGAUGGGGAGAAACCUGAAGAAUGUCCUGGUAGUUUCCUGUGGUUUCUUCCUCCUCUUCACAGCCUACGGAGGCCUGCAGAAUCUGCAGAGCAGCCUCUACAAUGAGGACGGCCUGGGCGUGGCGACCCUCAGCACCAUCUACUGUACUAUGAUGUUGUCCUCCAUGUUCCUCCCACCUGUCCUCAUCAAGAGGUUCGGCUGCAAGUGGACCAUGGUGGGCUCUAUGUGCUGCUACGUCACCUUCUCCCUGGCCAACUUCUACCCCGACUGGCACACCUUGAUCCCUACUUCGGUCUUGCUGGGCCUGGGUGCAGCUCCCCUGUGGUCGGCCCAGUGUACCUACAUCACCAUCAUGGGAAGUUUGCAAGCGCAGAAAGAGGGGAAGCUGGCCAAGGAUGUGGUGAACCAGUACUUUGGCCUCUUCUUUCUUAUAUUCCAGUCUUCCGGAAUGUGGGGCAACCUGAUUUCCUCGCUGGUGUUCAGCCAGGCGCCCAGUAUAGUGGCCAUCUCGGAGGAUCAGCUCAAGUCCUGUGGGGCCAAAGACUGUCUGAUGGACACAGAGGUCAGCAAUAGCACCUAUCGCCCCUCCCACCAGCUAAUCUACACACUCCUGGGUAUCUUCAACGGCAGCAGUGUCCUGGCCAUUCUGCUGGUGUCCGUGCUUCUGGAGUCUGUGGAAGACAGAAUGGCUAGUGAAGGACAGGCGAGGCCCAGAUCGUCACCUCUAUGGUCCACUGUGCUCUCGACCUUCGUGCUGUUUAAAGACAAACGCUUGUGCCUCCUGAUGCUCCUGCCACUGUACAGUGGGCUCCACCAAGGGUUUCUCUAUGGAGAGUACACAAAGUCUUAUGCAACCUGUGCCCUGGGCAUCCAUUUCGUGGGCUAUGUGAUGAUCUGCUUCUCGGCUGUCACCUCCCUGUGCUCCCUGCUGUGUGGAAAGAUCUCCAAGUACACGGGCAGGGCGGCGCUCUAUGUGACGGCUCUGUACGGCGUCCUCUUUGAGGAGAAAAAAGAAGCUGCCUUUGCGAACUAUCGCCUUGGGGAAGCCUUGGGGUUCGUCAUCGCCUUUGGGUACAGCUCAUUCCUGUGUGUGAGGACCAAGCUCUAUAUUCUCCUGAGCAUCUUGAGCCUGACCAUCACAGCUUACGGGGCUGUUGAGUACCUGGAAUCCAGGGCUGCUAGCGAGGGCCCUCCUGCAGGAGAGGAAAACGAGGCAGGGAAAGAAGAAAUGAAGACAGAGAUAUGAGUUCAGCCGAGCCAUGGCCGGAACUUCAGCCCGGGUUGGCAGAGGUCUGCGUGGCGGCACUCAGUAGGUAGACAUUUGCAAAUUGUUUCUGCAAUAUCUGGACAUUCUGGAGAGUAUUUUUUUAUGGAUUUUUCUCAACUUGACAAAUUUCCAGUCCAUUUUUCUACUCGCAGAGAUCAAGGGUAUAUAUUCAAUGGGCUGGGAAUAUAGCGUAGCACUGGGGUGCUUGCUUAGCAUGCACAAGGCCAUGUGUUCAGCCCCCACUACCACAAAAAGAAGGCAACACCUAUGUACAGGGGCAGGGGAAAUGGCUCUGCCUGUACAAUACUUUCCAGGCCAAGCAUGCGGACACCAGCUUGAACCACGACACCCGUUAAAAAACAAAGGCAGGGAUCAGUAAUGGCAAUGCACACUUGCCAUCGUGCAUUCUAGCACUGGGGAGGCAGAGGCAGAGAGAUCCAUGGAGCUCAUUGGCUCUUCAAGCUAGCCAGACCCUUGAACUCCAGGUUCAGUGAAAACCUUACUAAGGUUAACAGAAACUAGGGUCACCUAAUGUCAACCUCUGGCCUAUAUACACUACACACACACACACACAUCACAUACUCACACACCAGCACCAAACACACACAUACACACAUCACAUACACACACACCAGCACCAAACACACACACACACACACACCACAAAAGUAUCUGUUAUAGAUAUUAAAUGAAACACAUCAAAAAUUUCCAGAAUAGGUUUACCUUAGUUUUUGUUGUUGUGCUUAAUAGUUGGGAGAACCAUAAGUUUACAAACACCAUAAUUUUAUAAAUGGGUGAACAUCUAAUGCCACAAAUUUUAUAAAUGAACACAAAAAGCCAACUGAACAAAGCUCACAGGGGUUAGCCACUCCGCAGUGUGUGCCUCUUGAAAUUUCCUGGGGGCUUUUCUGA